GUUCCAUCUAAAAAGGGCGAAGAACUUCUACUUCAAGAGCCUGUUGCUGGCAUCUGUGGAUGACGUAAACUCGAGAAAGAUAAAGCUCUCAAAUGAAUACAAUGCACAUCCGUAAUGGACAGAGGUGGAGAGGCAGUGAAGUAUUCUUCAUUUUUUACACAAUGUGUGAUGCUUCAAAGUUUUGGUGGUAACAAGUUUGAUUGAUCAAAACGGUGUUUUCAGCACUUGGUAAACAGUAAUAAAAGACCAUUAUAUAAAGUAGUCAAAAAAUUUGCAUUGCAACCAUGAUUUAUACUCUGAAAACUUAGCAAAUUAGGAGUGUUGUGUAUGGUGGCAAGUCUCUAUUUGCUAUCGGUAGUCAAUAUUACUAUUUAAUCCCCACAAGAAGAGUUUUAUGCUUAUACAAGAGGUAGGAAGCGAUUCAUGAAAAUGUAUGUUCUUCUACAGCAACGAAAGCAACCUUUGCAUUCCAAGAAAACAUCUAAUGAGGAGUGGUUUGAAGUUGAACUGCUGAUACAUAGACAGUGAUCCAACUACAGCCUGCAUAUGGGAAAAGAUACAUAGUUUUGCAUGAAGUAAAUGUGAACAAUGGAGCAACCAGCCAUCCAUUUGAGCAGGGGCUUCGCUUUACACCAGCCCGUAGAAGUUUCCGAGCUUCACGUCAUCCACUUUAACAUUGCAGCACUCUGAGGCAAUGGCAACAAAAAGGAUAGUUUACAGAAAUAAAUUUUUGCAUUAUCAUUACAGUAAUGAUUUAUAUAAAGGUGAACAGGCAAUUGCCGACGGCUCUCACACUGGCAGUGCCAUGGAGUGGAGACCAAAACUGCUUGCUUGCCUUGUGAACGAACCGCGACAAGGCGUAGAAUGAGAACAGUAAGCUGACAUGGCCACUUCUCCGGGAUGCUGCCAGUACACAAUGGUUGGCAAUCACCCUUUUAACUUCAUAUACAUAGGUUGCACAUGACGUCAUGUCCGUAUUCGAGAGAUUAGAGGGGAGGGGGCGGACGAAAGAGGCCCGCGGGGCCUUCAGGGUCGCGCACCGUUUUGGCGGCCACCUCUCUAUCGGGCGGGCGUGCGUCAUGUACGAGUUUUCAGUUUGACAGGAGUGCAGGUGCUCAGGCUGCUGUUCUUUUCUUGCUGCAGGGCUUGAAAAUUAUGAAAUCGUGAAGAUGGCAGUCAUACUAAGUGAAUACGGUGCAAGUUUGCCGAGGUCAUGCUAAGCGGUGGUAUGGACCCGCUUCCGUUUGAUGCCGACGAUACAGUGAUAGAGCACGACCUGUACCCGAAAGUGCAAGACAUUGAUAUUAGGGACUAUAUUGUUGACAAGACAAGCUUUAUAACCAGGGAUCAGUUUGAAGCUCAGAAAGGACUGGAGGCACAUAGCUAUCUGGCCAGUGGGUGGAUACAGCUUCCACAACUGAAAGCUUUGCCUAACGACGACGUUGUAGUCAUUGGAAAGGUCAACCAUUUGCAAAGUGCAAGAGAAGCUUGUUUGCAGCCCUGGUUGCUGUCGAAACCAGAUGGUGAGGUGGUUCUGGCCCACUGCGACUGCAUGGGGGGCUUGGCGAGGCAUGUUCUCACAUUGGAGCCGUGUUGUUUUAUUUGGAGGUAGUCGUGAAGCACAGAGUUGAGCAAGUUGGCACCGGCGAAGAAAACGCAGAGCUUCCAGCCUACUGCAGCAACCUGGCCUGUGUGCCCAUUACCAAAGUGGACUUCUCUGCAACUGCAAAAAAGCGAUGCAUCGACGAAGCUGAGCCGUCAAACUUACAAGCGCUGCGGUACCCGAAACCAGCACCUACAAGACCAAGCGAUCUACAGUGGGCCCAGGUUCUUGCAGAUGUGGACGCAGCAGAUACAAACCCAGCGUUUCUUUCACUUCUUGACGACUAUGCUGAAAGCUACAAACCCACAGCUUCCAAGCACAAGUCAACACUACUGUGCAAUAUUUACAAAAAUGGUCUGCUGCCAUCAUCGGCUGACGUCCUGAAAGAGUGCGAGAAUGUGGCCAGUGGAAUCAGUAUCGAGCCCGAGGCACUCUGCUCAUGCAAGGCAGGCGCAUCUCAACGGUGCAAACAUGCAGUUGCUCUGAUGCUGUUUGUAAACCGUGUUGGGACAUCGAGCAACCCUCUCCAACGGACCUGAAGCAAGCCUGGGGUCAUUUACGGACAACGCAGGUGUACGAGCCGAAGAUGUUGCAAGAACUCUGUCACGUUCACGCCAUGCCGGAGGUACAAGUGGACGAUAAGGUGCUGGAGGACAUACGUAGCGAUCUCCUUUCGUGUGCCACCGAAUCUGCUCUUGCCCUUCACCUGAAAGGCAGGAAAAUAAGUGAGGUCAGCAACCAUGGCAAAAGUCCAGAAGGCAGCUCCGGAGCUGUAAGUGCUGCCGACACCAAUUUCUUCCUCGGCAUAAGUCGCAGCACCUGUGUAAAACAGUAUGAACAAGUUAGUUUUCACACCGUUGCUUUUCUCAAUGUCGGGCAUUUCAGAAUCAACAAGUUCAUGUGGGAAAAUCUGUCACCUCAAGAGCAGCAGUUUUACAAAAUACAUGUUGCCGUGACAGCUGAUGAGGCAGCAGCCAUUUGCCAUGACACACUCUUACAAAAGGGCGGUCGUAGGCAACGUGAGCGCAAGCUGCGCAUUACUGCUAGCAGUUGUCAUGCCUACUUCACCUUUCUCCCUACGGAACACCGGUCGUGGGCAGGAAAGGUCCAGCUGAUGUACUGCGAAAGCUUCCCAGGAAAUAAGGCGACCCGGCAUGGGAAACGGUGCGAAGGACCUGCCUUGGAAAAAUACACAGAAAUGACGGGAAGCAGUGUCCGAAGGUUCAGACUCGUUGUAAAUCCACCUGUACCCUGGCUGGGGUGCAGCUCUGAUGGUGUUGCAGAGGUAAAUGAUGUGCCGUCGAUCCUGGUUGAGGUUAAAAGCCCCGAGGCGGGAAAAAACACUUCAGCAAGGGAGCUGAUCGCUGCGAAGAUGGAUGAGUACAUAAUCAAAGAGGGUGAGAAUAACCACCUGCGAAAAAAACAUUCACAUUACUCUCAGUGCCAGCUGGAAUGUUUUUGCUAGACCUCAAGAUGGAUCACCUUAGGAUGUACUGUGAGAAGGGCUCCCUAAUCCUCCCUGUGAGCCGAGAUAGUGCACACAUUGACGAGCUCGUUAGGAAGCUUAAAUUUGUAUACUUUGAACAUAUUAUAUGCAAGCUAGCGCAGUAAGUCUUGCUGUGCAGACCCACUUGGAGCAGAUAUGACCGAGACUGCAACUGGUGGGGGCCAAGUGCACAUAAUAGACGGUAUCAUUCCUAGAAUUGAACGAGUCCAUACCAACUGAGCACAUUUGCACCCUUCAGGCUGAUAUGGUAUUGCCUAAAGCCCGAACACCGCCCCCAGUCGUAGUCCUGGCCAAGUGCUUUGAGCUUUUUCAUUGGCGACACUAUUUUCUUUAUAGUGCGUGACGCAUGUUCAAGACCCUCAGGCUAGCAGUUAUACUGCGCUGGCAAAAUUCCUCAUCUACAGCGCAGAGACAAUCGCCCCUCUUGACGGUAGACUAACAUCACACUGUGCAAGCAUUCAGUCAACUAAUUUACUUUUUCACCAGUUUUCCGUACUGUCAGUUACUGCACUUGUCUCAAUCCAAUGAAGUCACAACAGCGAUUUGCCACAAGGUUUUGUUUUAGGUCCUCUUUUGUUCCUAAUCUUCAUUAAUGACCUCCCAGCACAUAUCUCAUCAAUUAUUGGUCUCUUCACCAACGAUUGUGUCAUCUACUCUGAAAUAACUAAUGAUUCUGAUGUUCAAUCACUACAGACGGACCUUAACAAUAUUUCGCGCUGGUGUGCUAAA